AAAUGAACGGCAAAACACAACAUUAUACGCCUAUCGCACCCGCUUGUUCCUCGGACGAAACAGAAUCUGAACCCGAUGACAUGCCACGUCAACCAAACGGACGUUUACGGUUUCCGGACGCUUUUCUACACCCUACGCCCGUUACUACUUCUACUUCUAAUAGUACAACAACGACUACUACACAUGAACCUGUCCAGCAAGAACCUUGGCAACAGCAACAGCAACAACAGCAGGAUAUGGUAGUACCAGAUCCAUCCUCCUUUACACCUGUUCCGAGCAACGAUCAGGCUAUGCCACCGAAUUACGAACAGAAUAUCUUCAAUCCAUCUCAGGCCCUACGAUAUAGGGUACAACUUAUCAAUGAAUAUAGACAACCUCUUGAAGACUUCGUGCGAACUGUGGAUAGCGAUGAAAUAAGGCGAGACAAGCGUGUAUUCUGUCGUCAUAUGAUCCAAAGACUUAUUCGAGAAUGUGCUCAAAGAGAUAGUUAUAUCGGAGCACCAUGGUUGGUCAAGCCAAACGUUGCAUAUCACUAUGGCAUCAGCACUGUAUUACCACACCAUUUACAAGAGGCACAGGAUUUAGCGUACGCCAGCCAGGCUCGGAAACGGAAAGCACCUUUGAAGGAAUUGGAAGACAAAGAGGCAGAAAAAAGGGCAAGGAAGGAAGAAAAUCUUUUGCAAAAGGCAAAAUUAAAGGAAGAAAAGGAGCGUCAACGAGAAGAAAGACGGAAACAAGCAGCAGUCAAGUACCCUAUUGAGGAUCUCGACUUGCCAAUCUACAGAAAGGAUCCAAACUUGAACUGGGCGUUGGUCGACAUGGCACCUGACAAAUACACCGGCCCAGCCACGAUUCCAUAUCCGACGGGCGGACGACCUGAUCGACCGCCACCGCACAAGAACAAUGCGAUACCUGACGAAAUAUUUGAACAGUUCAUAUCCAUUUGGUCGUUCCUGGCCGUUUUCUCGGAUCCACUCAGCUUGAUGCCAUUUAGUAUCGACGAUUUCGAACGCGCCCUAUGUCAGUCUCCACAGCAACAGCAGUCUCAGCCAAGAUCAAACAAUAUCUUGUUUGAGAGCAAUGUGUGCCUUCUUAACGUCAUCAUCAAAGAUCGAAAGCAAGACAUUGCCGGUGAUAUCGCAAGCGGGUUAAUGAACGAAGAGUAUGUGGAUUCAAUGAAGGAGGAUAAUCACGAAGAUUCGCCAUCAGGACGAGUGAAACAGCAGAAUACUGCAUUUUCCCGUCUUCGACGUGACAAGGUGGAGCGAGGAUGGCGGGACGCGGAGCAGCUUAAAUUAUCACAAGGAUGGGAUCGUCGUGAAGUUAGAAAUGAUCGUAAAGGAUGGGAAAACAUAUUGAUCGGAUGUCUCAACAAGAUCGCGACUCCGGCUCUUGUGCCUGAGUUAGACAUGAUCCUGCGUCAUUUGGUCCCAAGAAACAACUCUACAGCAUCUGAACGAGAACGCCAAUACCCUUCUUUGAGCAUCAAACACAAGCUCGCGAUUCUCGGUUUUCUCAUAGAAGCUGUUAACGAGUCUACCGCUGUAAAGGACUUUAUGGAAGAGUGCCAAGAACAACUUACAGAAUUUAGACGACAAAAAGUGGAAUUAAACAAGGAAGUUAAAACUUUAGCGGCGCGACGGUCAGAGUUAGACAAACGGGAUCGUGCAGACAAGGAAGAAAAAGACACUUCAGAAGAUGAUGAUGAUGAUGAAGACUCGGAUAGUGAGGAUGACGACUCGGACUCUAAUGAUGACUCGGAAGAUGCAAGUGCUGGUUCGGAUGAUAGUGAUACUUCUUCCCGUAGAGUGAAGAGUCAUGAACGACGACAUAAAUCGCGACAAGAGAAACUCAGGCUGAAGCAGCAAAAACGCAAAGAGAUGGAACAGUUAAAGAAGGAAAUGUACAAGAAACAGCGGGAGGCAGCCAAGGCAAGAAGUCAAGAACUGCGGCAAAAAGCUGAAGAGCGACGGAAACUGGAAGAAGAAGAACGAGUGCUUCGCAAAAAGGAGGAACAAUUGGAAAAGGAUAUGCGAAAGUACAUGACGCUGCGGAUACGUCCAUUAGGCCGGGAUCGAUUCUAUAAUAGAUACCUUUAUCUGGACAACAUCGGUACCUCGAGCACUUAUGGUACAGGUCGUCUUUACGUCCAGAGCCCCAGCGAUGUCGACAUCCAAAUGAUCCGUGAACGUGACUAUCCAGACGGUGAACCAGAACAACCGUGGGGACGCGGAGGUGGCCAAUGGUUCACGCUGGCUUUGAUGAAGGCGCAAGGAUUUGAAGAGGAGAGUGAUUGGCUUGAGCAGCGACUAAACAGUUCAUCAGAGGAUAUGUCAAGUUGUAGUAGUUGGUGGCGAUGCUAUUCUGAUCCGGAAGAAAUCCAGCAUUUAUUGCUAUGGCUGAACCCAAAAGGUAUCCGUGAAUGCAAACUGAAAAACGAAAUAGCAAAACGACAUACUUACAUUGCAGAAUCUAUGAAGAGACGUGCACAGGCAAUCACAAAAGUUGAGACACAAGCUACCACUAAACGAAGUGCCAGAUCACGGCCAACAAACAAUUCCCAUUGAAAAUCUUUUUGUUCGUGCUUCUUUUCCAUUUCUCUGUUUGUAUCUAGUGUUAUUAUCAAAAAACCAUGUCAACACGCAUGUAUACGCACAUAUAAUUCGCACAUCUACUCUUGUUUUAGUUGCAUAAAGUCUUUUAUUUGUCCCUGCUUUUUUUAAACGAAAUACACUGUUCUUGGUAGUAG